AUGCCCAGAAGAUGUACAACACGCAAGCUCCUUUCGGUAGCGAGCUACUUGAUACUCUUCGCCGUGGCGUGCAUAGUGUACAAGAACUGCUUGUUAAAUUUGAAGCAUCAUAGCAUACCACAUCCAGACAAUGGCGCUCGUCCAACACAUGAGUUCAACAUAACGAAGGCCGGUGAGCUUCCCGGCGAUAUGGGACGCCCGGUAAUCAUGGACCUUAACGACACCUCCGUGCAAGAGUUAGUCCAGGCGGGCUUGAAAACGUUUGGCUACAACGAGUAUGCAUCGGACCUCAUGUCCGUCCGGCGACGGUUGCCCGACGUGAGAGCUCCGUGGUGUCGCGUGCAGGAAGGGAAGAGUGAAUCAUCGUUGCCACCGACUUCGAUCGUGAUGGUGUUCCACAACGAGGCUUGGUCGGUGUUGCUACGGUCCGUGCACUCCAUCCUCGACCGAACGCCGGCUCAUUUGAUUCGGGAAAUCCUGCUCGUCGAUGACUUUUCAACUGCACCUUGUUUGAAAACCCGGCUGGAUGACUAUUUCAAAGACUUUCCAAAGGUGCGCAUCCUACGAGCUCCUAGAAGGUUAGGUCUAAUCGCGGCCAAGGUUUUUGGGGGAAAGGCGUCCAGCGAAAAGAUCAUCACCUUUCUCGACGCUCACGUCGAGUGUACCGUGGGAUGGUUAGAGCCUCUUCUAAGAGAAGUCGCAGCUAACGAGAAUACCAUCGCCAUUCCGACGAUCGAUCAAAUCGACCCUAUGUCCAUGGAGCUGCAGACAGACUUUGCUCCCCGAGUAGUUGGUGCGUUUCGGUGGGAUCUCAACUUCGGAUGGUGGGGUCGUGCGGCGAUGAUGAAGCGCUACGCGAACCCGUACGUUCCGUUCGAUACACCCGCCAUGGCCGGAGGACUGUUCACGAUCGGAAGAGCCUUUUUCGAGCGACUCGGUUGGUACGACGAAGGAUUCGAUAUCUACGGCAUCGAGAACAUUGAGCUGUCGAUGAAGAGCUGGAUGUGCGGCGGUCGGAUGGUGAUCGUACCGUGCUCCCGUGUAGCACACGUCUGGAAACGUACCCAUCCGUACCUUGACCGGGUCAACGUUGAUGUCAUCCUACGGAACUCGAUGCGGUUGGCCGAAGUGUGGAUGGACGAGUACCGGCAAGUGAUCUUCGACGUUUACGGCGUUCCACGGUACUUUGAGGAUCUGUUCGGGUCGGUCGACGAACGGAAGGCCGUCCGGAAACGGGCCCAGUGUGGCACCUUUCGGAACUACAUCCUCCAAAACUUCCCGGAGAUAACGAACCCGCUCGUACCCGGUGCAUUCCGAGGCGAAGUACGCAACGCUGCCUUGUCGCCGGACCUCUGUCUGACGCGCUCUUUUGCCACCAAAACGCUUUCGAUGGCUCCGUGCGAUGGCCUCAAGCAGCAGCAGUUCUGGACGCACAACUUCUACCACGAGCUCAACAACUACUCCACGUGCAUUGAACCGAAGCGACUCCCUAUUCCCCAUCGCUAUCGAGCCGAGUUGGCUCGGUGUAACCGGGUUGAGAAACCAGGAAGCCAGCGCUGGAGCUAUCUGCUGUCAAGCGAACAAAUCCGGAGUGAGAGUGUAGGUCAAUGCCUUGCCGUAGACAGCUCUCGAUCGAUCACGAUCGAACCAUGCGAUUCAAUGAGCAGCAAUCAAAGGUGGUCGAUAACAUUAGUCGAAUUGGAUGAUACGAUCUUUCGGUAUAACUAA